AUGGAGGAGGAAGUAAGUGAAGACUUUAUAAGUGUGUGGAUAGAGAAUAAAAUAAGCUUAUCAAAAUUUAAUUUCACUAAUCUAUGGAAUAAUAGUUAUAAUAAGAUAGUUCACAAAUGGAUGUAUAAUGUCAAUUACAAAAUAUUAUUUAUAUAUUUAAAAGAUUAUAAUGACAUCAAAUUAAGCUUCUCUUUUGAUUUUCCUAACGAAGUAAUAGACGAAACAAUUGAUGAAUAUAUAAUAUUUUUAAAAAUUAAUAGUAAAAAAAUAACAUAUGAAAAUAUAGAUAACACAGUUUUAUAUAAUAAGGUAAAAUGUGAAAUAAAAGAAAAUAUUUUAAAUCUCAUGGAUAGAGUAUUUAUUCCCAUGCUAGACAUGAAAAAUAACUCACCCAUCAAUAUACAAAAUGAUUUUAACAUUACUACCGUAGAAUUUAUGACAUAUAUUACUCAGCUAUUCUCUAAAAACAAGCUAAUUUAUUACCCUAAAAUUUCUGUGGAUCAAAUUGAACUUUUCUCAACUGAUAAAAAUUACAUUCAGCUCCUCGAAAAGUUACUGGAUCAUUGGAUAAGUGACAUUGAAAAGUUGUUCAAAAAUAUUUACGACAAGGAAAUAAGCUACCUAACCUUGUGCGAGUACAUAACAGAUGUGGAGAAGAAGCACAGCAUUUUAAAAGACCUCUUGCAAGAAUUAAAUUUGGACAUAAUAAGUUGUAUCUUGAAUAUCCUAGAUAGAAGUAAUUGCAUAAAUGUAAAAAAGUAUAACACGUUAAUAGCAAGUAUAAAAGAAAAAUGUGCUAAAUUAGAAGAUAAACUAAAAGCACUGAAAAUUUUAGAAGAACCUUUUAGGAGUUUAGAAGAUAAUGAGAGUAUAGAAAAUGUUUAUAACAUUUUACCUAUAAUUGUAAGUAGGUUAAAAUUAAUUUUUAACUUUUCAAAAUAUUAUAAGGAUUCGGAUCAAAUAAACAAUUUAAUAACACUGUUACUAAAUGAAUUUAUUAAAUCCUUACAAAAUUACAUUGAUCUUUCAAAAAUGUACACCAAAGAAGUUAUAGAAUUAUCGGAGACUCUAGAUGAAUGUAUUAAUUUUGUUUCUUACUGGGAUUAUUUGAUAAAUAUAUCGUUCGGAAAAAUGCAAGAAAAGAAUGCAUCGUUUGAAUCCAUCAUGAAUCAGAUUAACCUGUCUAAUAUUAACGCCUUCAAGAAUAAAUGCAUAGACCUUAAGGAGAUAUGCUUUGCGUGCGAACAAUUUUUAUUUAGUAUUAAGGAAGAGGACAUAAAAACGUUUAGCUAUGAAUACUACAACGUAAUUAAGAAAGGAUUUAACGAUAUAGAGUCCACAUUCUUCAAUGAAUUAAAUCGCAUUCGAAAUUUGGAGUAUAACAUUUUAAGUAUAAGAAAUAAUGAAUGGACUAAUGAUUUUAAAAAAACCAAAGAAUUAAUAAAAAUGUUGGAAAGCAUAUUUAUAAACUUAAUUAAAAUAUCGUUCGAGAAUUCUAGUAAUAUUGAAAACAGUAUAUUUUUAUUUGAUAAGUUUUAUAACUUAGCAGUAACUGAAAAUAUAAAAUCAUUUAUGAGCAAGAAAAUAGUAGAUAUAUGGAAUAGUUUUAUUAAAUACAUUGACUCAUAUUUUAAAUAUUUUAAUAAUUUUCUUGAUAAUCCAUUCAAUUACUUUUCUUAUAAUAUAAGAUAUGAAUAUCAUUCUUCUUGUAUCAUGCUUGCUAAAAAUAUCAAUAUAAAAGUGUAUAGAAUAUUUGAAAAAUUAAGUAAGCUUUUUUACAUACCAAAAGUAAAAGAACAAGAAAUAGCUUGCGAAAGAUAUUAUAAUUUUCAAAAUUCUGUAAAUAUUUAUAUAAAACAAAUUAAUAAUAUGUGGAUUAACGAACUGAAAACUAUCGCCUCCAAGAAGAACAAUUCUCUUGUUAACACACUGCUGGAUAAUUCAAUUCUAAUAAAAGUAAAAGACAAAUAUAUAGAAAGUACAUACAAUAUAGAAAUUAAAAAGGUUUUAUCUGAAGUUAAUUUUUGGUUGAAGAUAAAAGAUGAACAAAUAUUUCUACCCAAUGUAAUUAAUGAAAUAUCUUUUCAUGAAGAAAGAUUAAAAAUAUGUAAAGAGUAUGUAAAUAGACUAGUAAGAAAUUAUAACAAUAUCUGUAUAAUGCUAAAUACCGAUCAACAUAAAAUAUUCGAAUAUGUUUUGAGAAAUAUAUAUAAUAAUAUUGAAAAUACUGUAUUUAAAUACAACUGGAAUAAGGACAAUAUAAAAUUGAAUGUUCUAUUUAAUUUCCUUAAUGAGUGUAUUAACAUCAAAACUAUAAUUGCAGCUUUUAAAGUUAACGAUGAAAAAAUAAAAGACAUAUUAAAUGAGAUAGAAAAGAUAUCUAUAAUUGCCAUUGAUGAAAAAAGAACCUAUACCUUGGAAGAGUUUGAAGAAGAACAAAAUAUAAACAUAGAAGGAAUAAGGAGUAUAUUAAGAGAUAAACAUACAAAUAUUAUAAAAAUUUUGAAAGAAAUACUUGUAUAUAUUGAAAAAUAUUCUACAAAAAGCUUGAACUCUUUUAAGAGCUAUAUAGUGAAUAUUGAAAGAAAUUUUCAAGAAAAAUAUUUUAUAUCUGUAAAAGUUUCUCUAUAUAAUUACUGUAAAUUAUUGACCGAUAAAAUUAGUAAUGAUGAAGUGGAGAAUUAUCCACUAUUUAAAAUUUAUAUAAAAUUAAAUAAAAAUAAAGAACUGAUAUAUGACUUCUCACAUCAGUCUGCAAAAAAUCUUGCAGAUGAAAUUUAUAAAAAAGCAUCAGACAUAUUUUUUACCUUUCCAAAAUUUAGUGUUAUUAUAUUUAAAAAUAGACAAAAACAAGUAAAAAAAAAAUUAGCUUUUGCUUUUAAUACCACUAAUGCUAAUGACAAGGAUCAGCUGAAUGAUGUCAAAGAUAACCAGAUGAAAAAAAAUGACAACAGUAAUCAAUGUACUAAAUUACUAAGUCAAAUAAAUAAUAUAUAUGCUAAUUUUAUGGAAAAAUUGAAGGAAAAGAUUAAGUGGCUAAGGCAUUAUAACUUAAAACUUUUGAGCUUAAAUGAAACUGAGCUGUUAAGUAACUUGCAUUCUGCCGAGGACACGAUGAAGUAUGUUUAUAACCAAAUAAAUGUCUUCAAAAAUUUAGAGGAAAAUAUCAAGCAGGACAUUGACAAGGAAAUCAUUUUGUUUAUAGAAAUAAACUUGAGUACACUAAAGGAAGAGCUACUGUCCGAUUUUAGUAAAUACAAAAACCUAUUUUUGGACUAUAUCAGUGAGAAGUGUGGAAAAAAGCUAAAUGAAUUAUACACCUUCUUUAAAGAAAAUAGCACAAAUUUACUAAAAUCAGCGGUCGACAUAAAUGAUCUAAAAGAACAUAACUCGUUAUUAGAACAUUGCAAUAAGAAUUAUAUGAAACAUAAAAUGGAGUUAGAUAAAUUGGAGGCUGAUUAUUUAAAACUAAUAGAAUUGAAAGGUGAGUUAAAAGAAGAUGAAAUCAUGAAAUUAAAAACGGCAUCAACCUUAUCUGGAAAAUUUGAAGCUUUACUAGUAGAAAGCAAAACAAUGUACUUAGACGCGAAAGAAAAAAUGAAGAACGAAGUUAAAAAUUCAUACAAUGAGUUUAAUAAAUUAUGGCAGAAAAAAAAAUUGGUUUUCUAUAAGGAAAUGCCAAUAAGUAUAGAUAAUAACCCUGAUGAUGUUCUGAAUAUGAUUAGCUUUUAUGAAGAGGAAUUGAAAAACAUUAAAGAUGCUCAAAAUAUUUUAAAGCAUAAAAUAAUUUUAUUUAAUAUAGAUGAUGUAUGUGAUGAGCAAAUUAACGACAUGGAAAUAGACUUAUGUCACUUAAAAUCUAUUUGGCAGAUGAUACGAUUUUGGAAUACCACUUUUGAUUAUAUUAAAAAUAUCAAUAUAUUUUUUUUAUAUGAUAUUUUAGGCGAUCUUAUUGUAAUGAUAAAGGAGUAUAAGAAGCAAAGAUUGUGCCAUACACUAUGCUUUUUAGAGGAGCAGAACACACUUGAUGAGAGCUUAUAUAUGUCAAAUGAUUAUGCGGAGAGCAAAAUGAAUGAAAAUGAAAAUACCAGCUUAACGAAUAAUAAAAAUGAGAAAAAAAUAAAAUGUGAAGUGGGAAAGGAAGUAGCUGUGCCUGAUACGAAAAGUUUGAAUAUCAAAAUAUUUUUAAACCAAGUAAAAAUGCAGUUCAUAGAUAUUUUUGAGCUAUUUUUAAUAAAUAUAAAAAGAAGAAAUACUUGGGAGAUAUAUAAAGAGUUAAAAAAUAAUGUAGGUAAACUAAAAUUUUCCUUAUAUCUUGUUGAAAUUUUAACCAAUGAAUGUAUGAAAUAUAGGCAUUUUAAAGAAAUAGAAUUAAAAACUAAUAUUCAAUGGAAUCUUAAUAAUAUAACAUUGAAUGAUAUUAUAGAACAUAAGUUAUAUAAAGAAAUAAAAUUUAUAACGAUUUUAUAUAAUAACGCAGAGAAAGAAUUAUUUAUAGAAAACAACCUAAAAAAUAUAAUAAAUAAAUACGAAAAUAUGAAACUAUCAGUGAAGAAUAAUAAAUCUUCUUUUUUGAUUCAAGAUACAGAUAACAUUUUUAAUAAUAUUAAUGAGGACUUGUUCUUAUUAAAUAAUAUAAAAGUUUACAACUUUGAUAUAAAUUUUUUAAAAAAGACAGAAAAAUGGGAAGGCAUAUUAGGAAAUCUGUACGACAAUUUAGAAAUUAUUUAUUUUAUACAGAACAAAAACGAAUAUAUAAAAUCUAUCUUAUCCUGUUCAGAAGAAAUGAAAGAAGAAUUAAAAAAAAUACAUGAAGAAUACAAUGUAUGUAAUCAAAGAUUUAUUAAGGUUGUCAAAAGUUUUGAGAAUUCGUAUAUAUUGGAAAAAAUUAAUAACAAUGAUAAUGUACAUAUUUUUUUACAAAUACAAAAACAGCUAAAUUUUAUUGAAAAAUCUUUAGAAAGUUACUUGGAAAAAAAAAAGAGUUCUUUUCCUCGAUUUUACUUUUUGUCUAAUAAAGAAAUUUUGGAAAUAUUGGGAAUACACAAAAAUCCUAUGAUGCUAAAAAAGAAGAUCGAAAAAAUUUUUUCCUCUAUCCAUUCAAUCGAUUUUGUCUUAUCUGAAAAAAAAAUUUAUUUUCAGAAAAAUAACUCAAAGUGCAUUUCUGUGAACGAAUAUAAUUACAAUAAUCAUCAAAAUAAUUAUACAACAGGUUUUGCAACUAAAAAGAAUGCCAAAAAUUCAUCUAAUUUCUACAACAACGAUAAAUUAAUUAACAAAGAAAGAGGACAAAAAGAUGAAGAAAAUGCUAUAACAAAUGAACAUAACAAUUACUUUACUUCAGAUAUGAUCAUUAACUCUUCGUCCUACUUUGACAUUUAUAUUUAUUCUCAAUAUGGAGAAAAAAUAAAGCUUCAAAAGAAGAUGCAACUAAAUUAUGAGUCAUCCACUAUUAUAUUAAAUAAAUUAGAAGAAAAUAUAUAUGAGACUUUGAAAGUAGACUUAGUAAAUGUGCAACUACAAUUAAAGGAAAAAAAUUUUAAAAACUGGAUUUUGAAUAAUCCGCAGCAGUUAGUUCUAGCGAGUAAAUGCAUAAAUUUCACAAAUGAUUAUGAAUAUUUUCUAAUACAAAUUAACAAAGGAUCACACAUUUUUGUAAAUCAAAUGAAAAAUGAAAAUCACAAGGAAUUACUAUUUUUAACGGAGUUAGUAAAAACUAUAAAAGAUAAAAAAAAUUAUAUAAAAAUCACUACACUCAUAAUGCUAGAAAGUUAUUAUAAAGAUGUUGCAGAAAAAUUGAUAAAAAACAAAAUGGAAUGCAAUGAUAAUUUUUUAUGGAUAUGUCAGCUGAAAUAUAUUUUAUCCGAAGAUGAAAAUAAUGAAAGUUUGAAUUUUCAAAAUACAUUAUUAUCAUGCACUGAUUUGCUUGAGAAAAGUGACCAUGUGCUUGUAGAAAAUCAAACAAAUAACAUUUAUAAAAAGAGUAGUAGUAGAAAUGAAUUAUUAGAUCAAGACUUAUUAAAUGGAAAAAUUGUAAAUGAAGCUAAUAAUACAAUAAGUACAAAAGAUAAAGGGGAAAAAAAAAAAAAGAAAAUAGAGGAUUUUUCAUCUACAAAAUUAAUGAAUGGUAAAAGUAAUGUCACUAAAAAAGAGGAGAAUGAGAAACAGAAAAAAUCUAAUGAAAAUAAAAAUGGAAAUAAGGAUUUCACUAAUUCAAAUACAAGGAACAAAAAAAGUAUAACACCAAAUGGGAAAAGUGUUAAGCAAAUAAUAAAUUCUAUCAAGAAAAAUAGUUUACACCCAAAUGGUAAAAAAAACUCAUGUGAGAAGGAUGUUGAGCAAAAGGAGAAGGAAGAGGGGAAAAAACAAAAGGAAAAGAAAUGCAAUAAAGAGCAAUGCGAAUAUAAAGAUGACAGUCUAAAUGAAGACCAGGAUGUAGGAAAUAAUACAGAAAAAGGAGAAGAUGAAGAAAAGGAAGAUGACUUGGAAAAGUGUAAGGAUUUUUACAUAGAGGAGGAUAUAGACAGAGAGGAAGAUACUGAUAAUGAGGACGAUUUUUACAUAGAGGAGGAUAUUGACAAACAGAUUGAUACUGACAUAGAGGAAGAUAUUGACGAAGAAGAGGAUUUUAACAUAGAAGAGUAUAUUGACAUAGAAGAGGAUAAUGACAUAGAAGAGGAUAUUGAUAGAGAGAAUUAUCUUGAUCCGGAUAAAGACGUUAAAAAGAACGAAAACUUUGAGGCCGAUGAAGAACAGGAAAAACGCAGUAUUGACUAUCGUGAAGAAAAAGACAAAGAAAAAGAGGCGAAUGUAUCAAGAGUAGCAAAGAGAGGAAUUUUAAUGAAAAGGAAAAAGUCGAUAAAAGAUCAUAUACUAGGUGAAGGUGAUAAUACAAUUGUAAAAGAUAUGAACAAAACUGAUGAUAUAAAUACCUUGGAUUUAACUAAUAAAAAUAACAAACAACUUAAAUAUCUUAAAACUAUAAAUUUAAUGCUAAACAAAUCCAUGACAUUAUAUUUACAAUAUUUUAAUAAUAAAAGAAAGUAUUGUUACGAAUAUCAAGGAAACACUACUAGGUUAGUUAUUACACCAUUAACCGAAAAAUGCUUUUAUUCUUGUUUAUUUUCUUUAGAUAAUUUUUAUGUAAGUGCUAUAAAAGGAGAAACAGGAGUUGGCAAAAGUGAGACGAUUAAAGAUUUUUCAAAAAUGUUUGGUACUAAUAUUAUUUCAAUUAAUUGCAAUAAUAAUAAUACUACAAAAUAUAUAGGAAAUAUUUUAUCUGGUAUAUUACAAUCUGGAUUUUGGUGCUGUUUUGAUGAAUUUAAUAGAAUAGAUGAAAAUGUUAUUGUCAUAAUUGUAGAGCAAUUUAGAUGUAUCAAACAUAUUUUACAAAAAUUUGCAUUUAAUAAUAGUAGUAAUAGUAAUGAUGGUGAUGAACCUAGAUAUGCAGAUUAUGAAAACAUCUCUUCCUACCACCAUAAGUCAAAAUGGAAAUUAUGUAAUGAUGAAAAUAAUAUGACUACUAAUUCGUUUGGCACAUUUUGUAACGACUACAAUGAACUGUCUUUUUUAGAAAAAAAAAAGAACACACCUAAUUUUACAAACGAGCAUUCAAAUGAACCUAACAGUACAGCUCAAAGGAACGAUAUAAAUAAUAAUAAUAUCGAAUCAAAAAGCAAAUACGAAGAUGAGAGCACGAAGAUCACUGACAAGAGCUGCUUUAAUAAAUCAUCUGAAUAUAAUGAGGCAAAAGAUGUUUAUGUUACUGAAACUAGCAGCGUGAACAACAGAGCUAGUAAUAACAGGAUGAGUAAUAACAAAUGCGCUUUUUUUGAAGGACAACGUAUUAAAAUAAAGAACACUUGCUCCAUAUAUUUAACACUGUGCAAGAAAAAUGACAACUGUAUAUAUUCGCUGGAAAAUUAUAACAACGUUAUUCAAGAAUUUUGUUUUAAAUUACCAAAUUUUUAUCUAAUAUGUCAAUUCUCUUUAACUUCUAUAGGUUUUAAAAAUGCAAAAAAGUUAUCAAAGAAAAUUAAUGUAUGUUACAGUUUGCUAUAUGAAUUUUUAUCUAAGCAAAAACAAUAUAUAAUUGAUUUAAGGGAAAUGAAAAAGUUUCUUAAUUUAGUGUCAGAAGAUUUUACAGUUAAUAGUAGAACAAAAAAUGAAGAAGAGAUUAUAUAUGAUGCUUUGGUAGAAGCCAAUGAAUCAAAGUUAUUAAAAGAUGACUUACAUAUAUUUUACAGAUUUCUGAAAGAAUUAUUUCCAUUAGUAAAAAAUAAACAAGCAAAAAAUAAAAAUAAUGAUGCAUCUGUUAAAAUAAUUACAGGUAUAAUGAAAAAUAUGGGAUACACAAUAAAUGAUUAUUAUAUAAAAAGCAUAUUAAAAUUGCAUAAAAUAAAAAAAACAAACAAAGGAAUUGUCUUGGUGGGAAAAUCAUGCACCGGUAAAACUAGUAUCAUAAAUAUUUUUAAGCAUUUCUGCGAAAUUCUGAAAAGCGCAAAGAUAAUAGUAAGUUCUACAAAAACAACAGGUACUUCUACUGUUACUAGUGCUACUGACAUUACCGCAGAGGAAGAAAGCUAUGACGCAAUGUUGUUACAUAAAGGUAAUUAUAACAAUUCGUAUGAGCACGAUUCUGAUAUUAAUAAAAAUAAAUUAAAUAAUUACAAUGAUGAUUAUGCAAACUCAAAUAAAAUAAGCAUCAUACCUACACAUUCGCAAAUGGCAAAUAAAGGAACAUAUGAGAGUUAUAAUUUGUUGUACCCUAAUAAUUUGUUCUACAACAAAUAUAAGAACCAAGGGAAUGCAAAUAUGAUUACAAAUAAUAUAGCUACGAAAAAAUUGAGUAAAAUAAGUAGUACCCAUUCUAUACAAAGUAAAAAUUCUUCUGGAACAUUGCUCGAUUUUUCAAAUAAAAAUAAACAUAGUACAGACAUGAAUAAUAAUUCUAUUGAUAUAACAGUUUUUAAUCCCAUGUCCACUGACUUAAGGAAAUUGUAUGGUUACUAUAACUUUGAGAAAGAAAUUUAUGAAGAUGGUAUAUUUUCAUUAAUAAUGAAAAAGUUAUUUGAUGAUAAUACCCCCAAUGAAAAAUGGCUAAUUUUAGAUGGGCCUAUAGAUACAUUAACAGCUGAACCGUUACAUUCUUUGUUAGAUGAAAAUAAGGUGUUAACAUUUAUAAAUGGAAAUAGAUUAAAAUAUACAGAUAACGUAUUUAUAUUUUUUGAAAUAGAAAAUUUGAAAAAUUGUACUCCGUCUUUUAUUAGUAGAUCUAAAAUAGUUUAUAUGAAUGAGGAAGAGUUUAACUUUGAAUGGAUCAUCGAUAGCUAUUUACAAAAUAAUUUCUUCAGUUUAGAAGAAAAAAAUUUGGUUCAAGGAUUUUUUAAUAAGUAUAUUAAAAAAAUAAUGAAUUCUAAGAAAAAUAAAUUUAAUUUAAUUAUUGAUGUAAGUGAUGCAAAUAUUAUAAUAUCUAUUUGUCAACUUUACGAUAUGUUAUGUAAUUUAUAUGAUAAAAAUUUUCCAAGAAAUAUGAACCCUUCCCUUUGCUUAGAAAAAUUAUUUCUUCAAUCUAUUAUAUACACUUUUUCUAAUAUUUUAUGCCCUAAAAGUAAGGAAUUACUAGAUCAUUUAAUUAAAAGUAUAGAUAGUACCUUUCCACAUUUGAACACUAUUUUUGAUUACACAAUAAGUAAAAACAAUUUCAGCUGGGUUUUGUGGGACGAAUUAAUUACAACUAACCAUAAUUUUCUUCCAAAUGUGAAAGAAAAUUUUUUUUCUUAUGAAAAUUACAAUUUUAGUAAAAACGAUAGUAAUAUGAAAUAUAUGAAUGUGAGCGCAAACCAGUUGAAUGAAACGUUAAACCAAGAAACUAAUUUUAAUAAAAUUUUCUUGAAUAGUAAUUUACAAUUUAGCAAAAAUUUUAACAAAUACACAAUUAAUUAUAAUAAUCUGUUUAGUGAUAGUAAUAAUAAAGAUACCUUAAACAAUGUGUACCAAACAUAUCAUUCCAAUUUUAUGUCAUCUAAUGAAAACAGUAUAAAUGAUAUGAACAUGUUAGACAAUUACCAUAUGUUUAGUAAUUAUUCCGAGCAUAAUAUUUAUUCGAAUAACAACUAUCUUGAUUCUACUGCUUUUAACAGUUACAGUAAAAAUAUGUCCAACAAUUAUUUUUCGGAUAACAGCUUUUCAAAUAAUAAUUUUUCUGAUAAUAUAUUAUCCUAUAGAAAUAUUAAAAAUGGUAAAAAUAAAUUCCCGGAUGAGAAAAGAAAUAACAAUAAGAAUAAUAAUAACUGUAAUAAUAAUAACAAUAAUUACAAUGUUGAUAAUGAUGAGUAUAACGUCCUCAACCACAAUUUUAUUCAAAGCUAUAAUAAAUCAUCGUUAAAAGAUAUCUAUAAUCAAAAGAAAAAUAUAGGUGAAAACAACAUGCAAAAAACAAAACAACAAAAAUAUUUUCAACAGAAAUUUAAUGACAAUAUAUAUGUAGACAAUGUAGAAUCUUUGAGAAAAAAAAAUAUUAUUAACAUAUUAAUGUAUAACAAAAAGAAUAUACUACUAAUAGGAAAUAAAUUUAGUGGAAAAACCUUUUUUAUGAAGUACAAUAUAUUACCAUAUAUUAAAGAAGAUAUAUCAAGUUAUUAUAUCUUCAUCUCAAAAUUAUAUAACUCGAACAAACUAGAAAAAAAAAUUGAAAUGAAUGUAGAAAAGAAAUGCAGAAAUAUUUAUAAGCCAAUAGGAAAUAAGAGGUCUCUAUAUUUUAUUUUAGAUGAUUUAAAUAGUCUUCAAAAAUAUGAUAAUUCUUAUUUUAACGGCCUUAAUUCUACUACUACUUCUACUAACAAAUUAUUGUUUGAUUUUAACUAUGACAUAAAAUAUGAGUCGAAAAAUAACAGUUAUAACAGCUGCAAAAGCAAUCUUAAUUAUCACGAUAAGUCAGCCCCCAAUACAAGCAUUUUAGAAUUUCUCAACCAAUUUAUCGACUAUAAUAUGUACUAUAACAGAGACAACGGUUCUGUAAAAAAUGUGGAGAAUUUAUUUUUCUUUUUAAUAUAUGGAAAUAAUAAAAAAUACAUUUCAUCAUUUAAUAGAAAACUAAUAAACAGAUUGCAUAUUGUUCAUUUAAAUGAAAUGGAUGAAGUAGUUAUAAAGAAUACAUUUCAUGUUUUCUUAAGACAUAAAUUUUCUAAUUUUCAUGAAGUCAUAAAGAAUUUGUCAGAACCCCUUUCCUUGGCAACUGUUCGAUUAUUUUUUGAUACAGCAAAAUAUUUUAAGGCAAAUUUAAAUUGCUAUCACUACUUUUUUCAUUUAAAGCACAUAUUUAAAAUAAUUAAAGGUAUAUAUUUGUCAGAAGCUCCUAUAUAUGAAGAAAAAGAAAGUGUAUUAAGAUUAUGGUGUAAUGAAUGCUUUCGAGCUAUAAGUGAUCAAUUAAUUUUAAAAACUGAAAAGAAAAAGUUUAAAAAUAUUUUAAAAAAUAUUUUACAUAAAAAGUUUUAUGUUGUGUAUAAUCAUUUGUUUCCUAAUAAAAAAAACUUUUACUUUUGCUCUUACAAUUUCCAUGACACAAAAAAUGAAAACCCCUAUUUCUUCUACCAACCAGUGUUUAAUGAAAAUGUUUUAAUGGAAUUUUUCAAAAACGUUAUAUCCUCUUAUAAUACAUUUGUUGUCUGUAAUUAUGAUAAGAAGAAAAAAGAGUAUUUCAAAAGUUAUAAUAUGGUUGUUGAUUCUCCUGAUGAGGAAAAAAAAGGUUUUCUAUUAAUGAAUGGACAAAAGAACUUAACAGAAAACAGCAUAUACGAAAUGUUCAGAAGUGAAAUAAAUCACAGCGAAAAUAAUGUAGGUUCGAAUGACAACAUAAAUGGUAACACAAAUGAUAAUGCAAAUUAUAAUACUAACGACUUAAAAGGGGCUGUGGGAGCUUAUUUAGAUAUAUCGCAAAAAGUAUCAAAGGAAAUAGAAAUAUUAGUAAAUAAAAAUGAUAAUGAUUUUAAUAACAUAAAUACUCCUAUAAACUUCAUAUUAUUUAAAGAAGCUAUGUUAAAUAUUUGUAAAUUUUCUAGAAUUUUUCUUUUCGAAAAUGAACAUUUUAUCUCUAUUGGUGACAGUGAAUCGGGAAAAUUUACUUGUUGCUUAAUCGCAUGUUUUAUAUAUCAAAUUAAAAUUAGCGUUAUUAAGAAUUUAUAUUAUGGAAAUGCAAAUUUGGUUAAACCUGAAGAGCAACGUGCAAUUCUAGAUGAUGUGUUUAAUAAGGAUCAUUCCAUGAAGGAAAUUUCAAUCGUUAAUUAUAUGAGUUCUUCGAAAAACGGAAAGAGUAAUGAGGAAGCAACAGAAAUGAAUAAAGAAACAGAAAUGAAUAAAGCAAUGGAAGUGAAUGAAGCAAUAGAAGUGAAUGAAGCAAUAGAAGUGAAUGAAGCAAUAGAAGUGAAUGAAGCAAUUGAAGUGAAUGAAGCAAUUGAAGUGAAUGAAGCAAUUGAAGUGAAUGAAGCAAUUGAAGUGAAUGAAGCAAUUGAAGUGAAUGAAGCAAUCGAAAUGAGUGUACUAUCUGGAAAAAAGGAUAAAAUAAAUAUAGAAGUGACAGAUCAUGGAAAUAAAAUGAUUGAACAAAACAGAAGGAACAAAACAAUCGAAGUAGGAGAACAUGAAGAGCUGCAGGAAGAACAUUUGAGUAAAAAAGCAGAUUUAGACAAUUUCAAUAAUGAUAAGCCGAAUGGAAGGAAGUAUAAAAACAGAAAUUUGAAUGAUAGAAUGCUAAAUGAAAAUAGGGAAUGGAAUAAAUUAAAUGUAGAAAAGGAAGAUUCAAGUAAAUUAAAUAUAAAUUCCUUAAAUUAUAGUAAUAAUAUUUCAGUAGUAGAAAAAUUAAAAUGCAACUAUUUUAUAAAAAAAUUUAAGGAUGCAAUUUUUAACUGCUACAAGAACGAGAAAAGAUGUGUUCUUUACUACUUAGAUGAUAAUAUGAAUGAUGAUAUUUUAGAAUUUUUACAUGAGCUGUAUAAUAAUGAGAAUUUAAUAAAUAUUUUUAAUAGUGAAGAAAUAGCAUAUUUAAAAAAUAUAUUCCUACAAAACGAAAUAGGCUUUAAACAUUUUGAUACCCUAAAUGAAAUGGUUGAAGAGCUAAUUAAAAGAAAUUAUCAUUAUGUUCUGUUUACUUCUCUAAAGAGUAAAAUGUUUAGAAAAAUAUCUAAUGAGUACAGUGUUAUAUUAAAAAAUUCCACAGUAAAUUAUUUCUUCCCUUGGAAAAAUACCUCCUAUAAUAUAAUUGCUCAAGAGACACUUAAAAUAAAUAACUUAAAUAUUGAUGUAUUUAGUAAGUUACAUUACACAGCAAUAAAAAUGUUUGAAGGAAUAUUCUUACAUCUCCAAGAAAAGGUAAGUAUGGAGAAAAUGGGAAAUCAAUUUUUUUUAAAUGAUUUCUUUACACAUAUGGAUAGUAGUAAAAACUAUCCAUAUAAAAAUAUAAAUGAAAAAAAAAACAACAUACCUAAACAAGAGGAAAAAAAUAAAAAAUACGAAGUGAAUCACACAACGAUUAAGUCGAAGAAUACACAAUUAAGUGAUAGCAAACAAUAUAUGCAGAUAAAUAAUAGUCUACAAAUAAAUACAAAAGAAAGUUGCAAUAUACAUUCUAAUCAAACAAAAAGUAUCAUGCAAAGUAAAAAAACUAUUAGUGAUGGAACAGAGGAAAAUACAAUAGAAGGAGAAAACAAAAAUGAGGAAGAUGAAGAAAAUUAUAUUAAAUACAUAAAAAAUUCUAAAAUAGUAGAGGAUAAACUUAACAUACAGAAAUACAUUAACUUUAAACAUUUUUUAAAAUUUUUGAAAAUUUUCGAAUACAUAUACAAAAAGAAAUCAGAAGAAAUGAAUAAUCAAGAGAAGAAAAUUAAUAUAGCACUAAGCAAAUUAGCUGAUGCGAGAAAUGAAAUUGAAGAAAUGCAAAUUCAACUGAGUCUUCAAAAAGAAAAUAUAUCUAAAAAACAAACAGAAUGUGCACAACUAUUAAAAGAAAUAGAAGAAAAAAAAAUAGAAUCUAAUGAAAAGAAAAUAAAAAUUCAAGAAGAUAACAUCAGAAUAUCGAAUGUGGAAAUAGAAACUCAAAAGUUAGCUGAGGAUGCAAGAAAAGAUUUACAAAACGCUAUACCUGAUCUAGAAGUUGCUACACAAUCUUUAGAACAAUUAGACAAAAAAAGUAUUUCAGAAGUAAAGGCUUACACAAAACCACCUGACGUAGUUAUGCAAACUUUGUCAAUAGUCAUGAUCAUUUUAAAUAAAACCCCUAGUUGGGAACAAGCAAAAAUUGAACUAGGUGAAGCAAAUUUUUUAAGUAAAUUAAAAUCAUUUGACAAAGACUCUAUUUCAGAUAAAACAUUAAAAAAAAUUGAAAAAUUUACAAAAAACCCCAUAUAUUCACCAAAAGCAGUAAAAAAAGUUUCUUCCGCUACAGGUGCUUUGUGUAUGUGGGUACAUGCAUUGAAAAUGUACGCAGAAGUCUAUAGGGAAGUGGCACCUAAAAGAUUAAGAUUAAAAUUAGCUGAAGAGCUACUAAGUGAGAAUAGAAAAGAAUUGCAAGUGGCAAUGGAACAACUGAAUGAAAUUGAGAAAACAUUAUUACAUUUACAAGAACAACAUAAUGAAAGUACAAAAACAAGUAAUGAGUUGAGUAAAUCAUAUGAGGAAUCAUGUGUACGAAUUGAAAAUGUGGAAAAAAUAUUUUUUAAUUUAAUGGAUGAAAAAAAUAGAUGGGAAAAGUAUGUUAAAGAUAAUGAGCGUAUUAAAAAGUGUAUUUAUGGUGAAUCUAUUUUAUCUUCUUUUUUUCUGGUGUACACCGGUUUAUUAAAUUAUGAAGAUAGGAAAUAUUUAAUUUAUGAUACUUGUAUAAAUUUAUUAGUAAAAAAUAAUAUUUUUGUUAACUCAAAUUUUAAUGUAGUUGAUUAUUUUAUUGAUCCAAUUCAAUCCUUAGAAUUUAAUAUUAACUUUUUAUCAAAUGAUAUAUAUAUGAAAGAAAAUUCUAUACUUAUUAAUAAUAAUUUCAGUGCUACUUUAAUAGUUGAUCCUCAUUAUCAGGUAGCCAACUGGAUAAAGAGAAGUUACAAUAAUAGUGACAAAAUAUUACAAAUUUCAGAUUUUCAUUCUUCAGAUAUAUUUUAUAAAAUUAUAUACUGUAUGAAUAAAGGAACGGCUUUAUUGAUAAAUUAUAUUAAUGAACUGGAAGAUAUAUUACUCUUAACAAUUAAGAGGUAUAAUAAAUUUGUUUUAGAUAAAGAAAACAAUUGUCUACUUGAUAUGAGGGUGCAUUAUUCUACAAAUGACUUGUUAAUAAAAAAGUACAUAAAUAGAAAGAAAAAGAUGUGUAGCAAUUGCGCUGGUAAUAAUACCAGUAAUAACACCAGUAAUAAUACCAGUCAUAAUACCAAUAAUAACACCAGUAAUAAUACCAAUAAUAAUACCAAUAAUAAUACCAAUAAUAAUGCCAUUAAUAAUACCAGUAAUAAUAGUAAUAAUAAUAAUAGUAAUAGUAGUAAUAGUAAGAUGUCUUACGAAGAAAAAAUAUAUUGUAUGAAGUUGGAGCUACUAAAUAAUAUAAGUAUUCACAAAAACUUUAAAUUAUUUUUAGUUUCUAAUAAGAACUGCUUCGAUUUAGAUAGAUUAUUUUACACCUUGACUAGCGUUAUUGUAUUUAAAUUAAACAAAGAAUCUUUGGACAAUAUUCUAUUAAACGUUAUUGUAAUGAAUGAACAGAAGAAUUUAGGAUAUGAAAAUAAAGAAUGUCUAAUGCGUCUUGUUCAAGUUAAAAAGGAAAUAAUAAAAUUAGAGAACAACAUUCUAGAACAUAUAACUAAAAGUGAAAAUAAAAUUACGGAAGAUGAUAAUUUGAUUAAUAUUCUUUUAAAAUCUAAAUUAGAAAUAGAUGAAAAGAACGGAUAUUUGGAAGAAAUAAAUGACACACUUAGCAGAAUGAACAUGAACAAGAAUGUUUUCAAACCUUUAGCAAAAAAAGCAUCUAUACUAUUUACCAUUUUAAAUGAUUUGAAAUAUGUAAAUAAUUAUUAUCAGUUUUCCUUAGAAAAUUUUAUCUCCUUUUUUACGUAUCAUAUAUCUAAUUUUAAAAAAAAUAACACAGCAGUAUCUUCUUCACCAGUUGAAAGACAAGAAAUAUUAUUUAAUAGCUACUUUUACGAAUUUCUAAAAUAUACCAAGAUCUCCUUAGCAAGUAAGCAUCAUUUAUUUUUUAUUUUUUAUUCCUUAUGCAAGAUUAUGGUUUUCGAAAAUAAAAUAUCUCAAGAGGACUACAAUUUUUUUAUAUUUGGGGUUCAAAAUAACAAUGAAAAUGUGCACACAAAGUAUUUGAAGAUAUAUAUGGCAGAUGAAAAAGAUAAUUAUGCUGCAAAUGAUAAGCGAAGUGCUUAUCAUAAAAGAAAAAAAAUAUAUAUUAGUAAGAAAAAAAAGAAAAAGCAUAGUGGUGCAAAGGAUAAUAAAAAUGAGCAAGAAAUAGGGAAAAAUAUUUCUGAUUCUUACAACUAUGUAGAUGAUGAACGAGUUAAUAAUAAUGAAAAUGAGGAGGAGGAUCAGGAGGAGGAUGGAGAUGAAGAAGACGAUUAUUAUGAUGCGGAAGAAAUUGAAAGUGAUGAUAAUGAAGCCGAUGAUAAUGAUAAUGACAAUGAUAAUAAUAAUGACAAUUACAAUGACAAUAAUGGAGGUGAUAAUGAAGAUAAUGCAAAUGGUAGUGAACAAGACGAAGGAGAAUAUUAUGAUAAUGUUGACAUAAAAAAUGAUGAAUUUGAAUUAGGAAAAAAAAGGAACUUCCAAGAGAAGAAGAAUAUUAAUGUUGGGGAGGUUGAUCAACCAAAAUGUAAUACUAACACAAUCAACAAUAAAAGGAAAAGGAAGAACUCGAAGAAGAAAUAUAAUUCCAAUGAUAAAUUAUCAGAUGAGUAUAUGGAACUUGAUAGUAAUGACUUUUCAGAAUUUAGUAACACGAAUUAUAAUAAUGAUACUACAGCAAACGAGGAGAAAGCUUUAGAAGUCCUUAAUCCAGGGAAUGAUUGGAUUAGCGACGAAAAAUGGAGAUAUUUAUUAGAUAUUGAAAAAUUGAAAAACUUUGAAGGUUUCAUUAAUUCUUUCAUUAAAUCAAUUAGAGAAUGGAGAAGAUGGUUUAAUUUCUUAGAAGUAGAAAAUUAUGUACUACCAGAUGAAUGGGAAUUCAAUUUAAAUUCUUUCCAAAAAUUAAUUAUAAUUAAAAUUUUAAGACCUGAUAGAUUAAAUAAGGCUAUAGAAAAUUUAGUUUAUGCUAAUAUUUCCUAUAAUGAUAUAGAUGUAGAUCACAUGAAUUUUGAAUACAUCUUAGGUCCUUCUAAAAAUAUUGAACCACUAACUAUUAUUUAUAAGCACAACUAUGAUCCUUUUCAAUAUGUAUAUAACUAUGCUCGUGAUAAUAAUCAGAAGCUUAAAAAUUUAACCUUAACAAAUCAAAAUAUUAAUUUCAUAUAUAAUUAUCUUAUAGAUGCAAUGGAAAAUGGGCACGUUCUUUUUAUAUCAAAUUUACACAAUUCUAUAGAAAAAUUACAAAAAUUAACAAAAAUAAUUGAAAAUGUGUUCAGUGCGAGUACUACUUCUUGUUCAUUAUUUAAUACUAGUUCUGAUGAAAUGAAAUUUGAUGCACAUGAUCCACCAAAUCCUUUAUAUGUCCAAGCAAAUAUAGCAGAAGAAAGGAGAAAAGGGGAAGAAGUUACAUCAAUAUACAAUGAGAAAAACAAAAAGGUAGAAGAAAAAUAUAAAAAAAUUUCAAGUAAUAAGCAAAAUAUAGUAAUAGAAGCGCAGGAGGAGAUAACAAAAGAGCAAAAAUCGAAUGAAGAUAAAAUAAUUAAAAAUGUAAAAAGACAGGAAAUCAUUUCUUUAGAGAGCGGUGAUCAUGUAGAAAGUGUAGAAUGCUAUAAUGCAUUGAUAGACGAAGAAUACAGUAAUUUAUAUGUGGAUAAUUUGAAUCAUUUAUUAUUAAAAAGAAAUAAUAGAAAACUAAGGGUUCAUCCAAAAUUUCGUCUGUUUUUAUCUUCUCUGCCUAAUGAAAAAUUUCCAUCUUCUUUAUUACAAAAAAGUAUUAUUGUUAUUUUAGAGGAAGCCCAUAAUAUAAAAAAGAGUAUUUCUAUAUUAUUUAAAGAACAAUGGGCAUUAGAAGAAAAUAAAAAUAUUCAGUUAAUUAAGUAUAAAAAGUUAAUGCUAUGUUUAUUUUGGUUUCACUCAAUUUUAAACAACAGAAAGAAGUUUUAUAAUUUAGGAUGGAAUAGCGAGAAUUAUUUUUUUAGUGAUAAGGAUGUGAUAUUUAGUAAGUAUAUUUCAGAAAUAUUUUUUAAUAAAAAUGUAAAGGAAAUAUAUUGGCCUUAUUUCCAUUAUUACAUUUGUGAUAUAAUAUAUGGUUCCAAAAUUAUUGAUUUUUUUGAUAAGGAACUGUUAAAUAUAUAUGCAAAAGAAUUUUUUAACAACAAUAUAUUUAAAGGAAAAUAUAUUUUUUCUAGCUCCAUAAAUUAUUACAUACCUAGUGACAUUAGUAAUGAAAAGCUUCUAAGUAAUUAUCUCAAGGAAAUUCCACAUAAUGAUAAUGUAGAAAUAUUUGGUCAGAAACCAUACUCCGAAAUCCCAUUCAAUUCCCUUGCAUCUGAAGAAAUUAUUACAUUAUUAUUUCACGUAAACUCGUUGCACUUAAAUCAAUAUCAUUUUCAGAACACUACUUCUUACAAUAUUAAUGAAAAAGAAGUCUAUUCUUUCACUAAAACGUUACUGAAAAACUUACCUCAUGAAAUAUAUAUAGACGAAUUAAUGAAGAAGCAAUAUAUUCAAGAGCAGUACAUUUACGUAAAUCUGAUGUAUCAAGAAAUAUACAAGCACAAUUUAGCUCUAAGGAAAAUUCGCAGUUCCCUCAACAAGGUUCAAUGCGCUUUAAAAGGAGAAAUAGUCAUAAAUAAAAAAAUCUACGAAAUUAUAAGAUACUUAAGUGAUGAACUAGUUCCUGAAUCAUGGAAGACGUUUUAUGUUUCAAAAAGAAGACUCCUUGAUUUUUUCCAAGACUUAAAUGAACGAAUAGAUCAAUUAAAUGAGUGGUGUAUUCAUGGGAACUUACAAAUUCAUUGGCUGGGAGGUUUUUGUAACCCCAAGAGUGUUUUAAAAUAUAUUUUACAUGAAUAUUCUAAAAAGAACGAAGCUAGUCAUGAAUUAGUAACGUUCGAAUGUACAUCUAUAAGCAAGUCCGAUGAAGCUAAGAUAAAAAGUCGUAGUAUUGAUGAAGGUAUUUAUAUAAAGAAUUUAAUUCUGCAAGGUGCAAAAUGGGAUUUUAUAAGUCAGACAUUAAUCGAAAUGGACAAUAAUAAUUUAUACUUUAUUAUUCCAAUAGUUUAUCUUAAAGUUGUGUUAAAAAAAAAAAAUAAAAACGACAAAGACAAUGACAUAUAUAAUUGCCCUCUAUAUAUGUGUCAAGAAAAGAAUGUCACUGAUAUUAACGAGAACUAUUUGAUUCAGGUUGGAUUACGCACUGGUUCUAAAAAUCCAUCUGAAUGGGGUAAACUCGGAGUUCGCUUAUUUUUAACAAAUGAGUGUUAA